AUGGGAUGUGUUUGCACUAAAUGUAGUAAAAGAACCGAUUCUAUGGAUUUUCAAAGUAAUCAAAGUAUGCAAAAUACACAAAAUGAAUUUCGAUACAUUGAUGGCAGAAGAUUCCAUAACGUUGAUAAUUCUAAAUAUCAUUUACCAAACGACGAAAGCGAAAUAGACAGGUUACAUUUACAGCAUUUCAUGUUAAGAUACCUCUGGCAAAGCAAUUUUUCUGCUCCUAUCAAUGACAUUUUAUCUAAACCAGGUGCCAAAAUCCUCGAUAUUGGGUAUCCAUUAGCUGAAGUUGUUGGAUUAGAUAUAUCUCCACAUCAACCAACUACUAUAAAACCUAAAAAUUUUGAAUUUGUUAGAGCAGAUGUUCAUGAAAGAUUACCAUUUGAUGAUAAUACUUUUGAUUUUGUGUUCCAAAGAUUUCUAACAUUUGGUCUUGUAAUAGAGAAAUGUCAAGAUGUAGUAAAUGAAUUGGUCAGAGUUUUAAAACCAGGUGGAUUUUUAGAAUUAUGUGAACCUUCUAGUGCAUUUAAUGCAGGACCAGUUACUAAACGUUUAUGGGAUUGUGAAUGCGAAGUAUUAAAAGAACAAGGCUGUAAUUUUGAUUUAUAUCAAUAUAUAGAAGGAUAUUGCCAAAAUCAAGGUUUUGUCUCUUUAAUUAUAUUUAUGAUUUUCAGUCAAUUGGAAAAUAUCAAAAAAGAAAUUAGACAUUGCUGUUAUAAUGAUGCCGAACUUGGUAAAGCGGUUUUCAGCAAUCUAAUUGACGCGUAUGCUUCUCUUAAACCUAUCUUAACAAAAAAAUUGCAACUUUCUGAUGAAGAAUAUGAUGAGUUGACUAAAAUUUCUGGAAAUGAA